AAUAUUGUCCACCUCUAAGAGGAGAAGAAGCAGAGAAUCUUGUUAUUGUUUUGUUUAAUGAAUAUAAUAUACGAAAUAAAUGAUUUUUAUUGCAAAUUGGCAGCAAUUUAUGGUGUGCAACUAAAAUAAUACCAGCUAUUGAGGCGGCACUUGGCUUGGCGCCUCCAACAACAAGUGGAACAAACAAACUUCCAAGUUAUUUUAAAUCGUAGGCGACUAUUUUUUUUAAGCCGGUUUGAAAUCCCGAAAUGCGGUUUCUAUACGCCUGCUUUGUGAUCCUGCUGUGCGCCCUGAUCUUCUGCGAGUAUGUGGCGGACUUUGUGGUGCUGCAGAAGUGCAAGUGGCCGGAGAUCAAGCGGAAGAAGUAUGUGGACGAUCCGCUAAGGACGAUGAUCCUGGCGGAUCCCCAUCUCCUGGGACCCCACCGCGGCCACUGGCUGGACAAGCUGUACCGGGAGUGGCAUAUGACACGCGCCUUCCAGGCGGCAUCGCGGCUAUUCCAGCCGGACGUGGUCUUCGUCCUGGGGGACUUGUUCGAUGAGGGCGACAUGGUGAGCGACAAGCAGUUCCAGGAAUAUGUGUGGCGCUACCUGAAGAUGUUCCACCUGCCGCCGGGUAUACCGCUCAUCAGUGUCGCGGGAAACCACGACGUGGGCUUCCACUACAAAAUGCAUCCCUUCUUUAUGACGCGCUUUGAGAACUAUCUGAACAACUCCUCGGUGAACCUGUUCACCAUCAAACAGAUACAUUUCGUGGUGAUAAACUCAAUGGCCAUGGAGGCCGAUGGCUGCAUGUUUUGCAACCAGGCCGAGGAUCAGUUGAAGAACAUUUCGCGGACGUUGCACUGCAUGAAGUAUCCCCUAGAGGCGGAAUGCGCCCGCACCAGGCGGCACCCAUAUAGCCAGCCGAUCCUGCUCCAGCACUUCCCGACGUAUCGAAUAUCGGAUACCAUGUGCGAAGAGCACGAUGCUCCGUACAUUGAGACAUUCCGCGAGCGCUUCCAUGUACUCUCCAAGGAUGCCACGGAUAUGCUGGGCGAUUUGCUUAAGCCCAGGCUGGCCUUCGCCGGCCAUUCACAUCACUUUUGCCACAGUGUCAAUAGGUUGGGAAUCGAUGAGUACACAGUGGCCUCCUUUAGUUGGCGGAACAAGGUCAAUCCCAGCUUUAUGCUGGCCACUAUCACCCCCGACGACUACGUGGUUUCCAAGUGCAAAAUGUUGCCGCAACAGUUUGUCUUCAACAGCUACCUGAGUGCUGGCAUCCUCUGCUUCAUUGUCAUCGCGCUACAGCUUCGGAAGUGGAUCAAAAGCAGAGGGCAGUCCUCGGCCGCUGAUCAUCGGAAGGUCAAUUAGUUGUAUCUUUUGUGAUUUACGCCUGAUUGGGGCUUAGUUUAGACUAGAUACAGCCAGAUUCCAGACUCAGAUCCCAGAUCCAAACAGUGGUCAUAUCAUUCCUGCUGCUUUGCAAUCGCUUGACUAUAUUCUAGGUGUAAACAAUUCGGACAGUGUGUAUGAUCUAUUUAUUGAAUUUAUCACAGACAUUAUGUUUGUAAAGUCACACGGAAUAGAUUAUGAGACACAGUCUGCUGACUACAAAUCGGAAAUGCCAAAAAAAUAAUGCUUCAACAUAAGCUGGAAAGUGAAGAACAGAUGCGAACAGAACAAUUAAAUAAAGCUAUAUUAUAAUACAAUAA